AUGUCUCUAUCUGAGUCUGAAAGGAAAUUUCUGGAGUUUGACUGGUCUUCAAAUGCAUUGUGGCAUCAAUACUAUGAUAAUUUAUAUCCAACACCAACAGUAGCACAAUUGAAUAUCUACAAAAGAAAAUGGUUUAAGAAGAAUAUAGAUGCUGAACUGGAGCUAUAUCCAAAGAUAUAUCCUAGUCAAUCUAAUGGGAAUCCUCCAACUGCAAACUGUAAUGGUGAGGAGAAAGUUUAUCAUUCCAACAUCUACUACUCAAAUUUAAAAGCAACUCUGCUACACCAAUUUAUAAUAUAUUCCUUACUAAUGGCAUUACUUUUAACUUCAUUUUUAAUAAUACAAACGGUUUUACCAUUUAUUAAGCAAAAUAAUGUUAUUUCAAAUGUUUCGAAAUUAGCCACACUGCUAUACUUGUUUGGAUUAAGUUCUUAUUUAUAUGAGAAAUUAGAUAAACCUAUAAAAUUUACAAGUUUUGAGUUUUGGGGUAAAAUUCUUUAUGAAGAUGGAUUUCAGUCAUUUUUAAUCCUCAUUGCAUUGUUCGGUAUUACUUCAGUAUUCCCACUUGUCUUCAUAAGCCCUAUGAUAACAUCUUUAUUUAUUUUGGUAGAUCUUUCUCAAAUCUUAAAUUACAAGAAACUUCAUAUUGCCACUAAAAUCAUUAAAGAUAAUAGAAGUGCUAUCUUACAAAAGCGUGCUUACUUCGAGAUUUUUGGUCUUGGGCUAUAUAUUAUUUACACUGCAAUUACUAGGAAAAUAAGUUUGAUAUAUCCAUUUUUACAUUGGAAUAUUAUUAGAACAAAAUACAUGUUUGAUCCUUACUUGCAACUUGCUUUUAGACAGAUUGAUGGGUACUUCAAUUUAUUUUUAAGAACAUACUCUUUACAUAUUCCUUUAUUUAUCCCUAAAAUAUAUACUUGGGUAAGUAGAGCUAAAAGCUAUACAAAUUCAUUGCUAAACACUUUAUUUUAUGAUAUUUUAUUACUGUUUGUAGAUGAGAGAAUUCUUUGUGAGGCAGAUUUCUGCAAGCUAGGAACAAUUCCCCAACUUCAGGCCUUUGAAUAUUUAACUUUAGAGAAUUUAUUAGUUUUUCAAUAG